AUGGGGAACCGUGGCAUGGAGGACCUCAUCCCCCUGGUCAACAAGCUACAGGAUGCCUUCAGCUCCAUCGACCAAUCAUGUAACCUGGACCUGCCGCAGAUCGCGGUGGUCGGCGGGCAGAGUGCGGGCAAGAGCUCCGUGCUGGAGAACUUCGUAGGCAGGGACUUUCUGCCCCGUGGAUCCGGCAUCGUCACCCGCAGGCCUCUGGUGCUGCAGCUUAUCAGCGCCAACGCAGAAUGGGCAGAGUUCCUGCACUGCAAGGGGAAGAAGUUCACCGACUUCGACGAGGUCCGCCAGGAGAUUGAGGCGGAGACGGACCGCGUCACCGGGGCCAACAGGGGCAUUUCCCCUGUCCCCAUCAACCUGCGGGUCUACUCCCCCCAUGUGUUGAACCUGACGCUGAUCGACCUGCCGGGCAUCACCAAGGUGCCGGUGGGCGACCAGCCCGUGGACAUUGAGCAGCAGAUCCGGGACAUGAUCAUGCAGUUCAUCACCAGGGAGAGCUGCCUGGUGCUGGCCGUCACCCCCGCCAACACCGACCUGGCCAACUCCGACGCCCUGAAGCUGGCCAAGGAGGUGGACCCCCAGGGUCAGAGGACUAUCGGAGUCAUCACAAAGCUUGACCUGAUGGAUGAGGGCACUGAUGCCCGAGAUAUUCUGGAGAACAAACUGCUUCCACUAAGAAGAGGAUACAUCGGGGUGGUGAACCGCAGUCAGAAGGACAUCGACGGUAAGAAGGACAUUAAGGCGGCCCUCGAGGCUGAGAGGAAGUUCUUCAUGUCCCACGCCUCCUACCGACAUAUGUCCGAAAAGAUGGGCACCCCUCGGCUCCAGAAGAUCCUCAACCAGCAACUGACCAACCACAUCCGGGACACCCUGCCGGCGUUCCGCAGCAAGCUGCAGUCCCAGCUGCUGGCGCUGGACAAGGAGGCGGAGGAGUACCGUGGCUACCGGCCCGACGACCCGUCACGCAAGACCAAGCAGCUGCUGCAGAUGGUACAGCAGUUCUCGGUGGACUUUGAGAAGCGUAUCGAGGGUUCUGGGGACCAGGUGGACACGGUGGAGCUGUCGGGUGGAGCCAAGAUCAACCGCAUCUUCCACGAGCGCUUCCCUUUUGAGCUGGUCAAGAUGGAGUGUGACGACAAGGAGAUGCGUCGAGAGAUUAGCUACGCCAUCAAGAACAUCCACGGCAUCAGGACGGGCCUGUUCACCCCCGAUAUGGCCUUUGAGGCCAUCGUGAAGAAGCAGGUGGUGAAGCUGAAGGAGCCGUGCGUGAAGUGUGUGGACAUGGUGAUCCAGGAGCUCAUCAACACCGUGCGCCAGUGCUCCAACAAGCUGGAAUGCUUCCCCCGUCUGCGGGAGGAGACGGAGAGGAUCGUGACCUCUCACAUCCGUGACCGGGAGAGCCGUGCCAAGGACCAGGUGCUGCUAUUGAUUGACGUGCAGCUCUCCUACAUCAACACCAACCACGAGGACUUCAUUGGCUUUGCUAACGCGCAGCAGAGGAGCAGCCAGGCCAGCAAGAGUCAGAGCACCACUGUGAACCAGGUGAUCCGUAAAGGCUGGCUGACCAUCAACAAUAUCAGCAUCAUCAAGGGCGGGGCCAAGGAGUACUGGUUCAUCCUGACGGCUGAGAGCCUCUCCUGGUUUAAGGACGACGAGGAGAAGGAGAAGAAGUACAUGCUGCCGCUGGACAACCUGAAGGUCCGCGAUGUUGAGAAGAGCUUCAUGUCCAGCAAGCACAUCUUCUCCAUCUUCAACACCGAGUCCAGAAACGUCUACAAGGACAACCGCACCCUGGAACUGGCCUGCGACUCCCAGGAGGACGUGGACAGCUGGAAGUCCUCUCUGCUCCGCGCGGGGGUCUACCCUGAGCGGACCACCAUGGUGGAGAGUGAGAGCUCCACCACCUCGGAGAACUUCUCCAUGGACCCCCAGCUGGAGCGGAAGGUGGAGACGAUCCGCAACCUGGUGGACUCCUACAUGGCCAUCGUCAACAAGUGCAUCCGUGACCUCAUGCCAAAGACCAUCAUGCACCUCAUGAUCAACAACGUGAAGGACUUUAUCAACGCAGAGCUUCUGGCCCAGCUGUACUCGGCCGGGGACCAGAGUGCCCUGAUGGACGAGUCCCAGGAGCAGGGCCAGCGCAGGGACGAGGUGCUGCGGACCCACCACGCCCUGAAGGAGGCCCUGGCCAUCAUAGGAGACAUCUCCACCUCCACCAUCACCACGCCCCUGCCCCCGCCAGUGGACAGCUCCUGGGUGGGGGGCAGCGGCGGCCGCAGGUCGCCUCCUCCGAGCCCCACAGCCUCCAGGAGGAUGUCUUCUGGCCAGCGCCCGGCCCCCCGAGGGGCCCCGCCACCCCCCAACCGCCCGGGACCCCUUGGACCCUUUAAUAAUGCAGAGAGCCCCCAGGCUCCCAGCCGCCCAAACCGGGCCCCCCCUAGCAUCCCCAGCCGGCGGCCUCCACCCUCCCCAACCAGGCAAGCUCCACCCUAA